CGGCCGUGUGCCUUUCCAGUCUGCCUGUGUGGAUGUGAAAACGCCGUGUUUCGAUUAGUGGACUUCAAGCCUAAACCAAUCUAAUCGAUCGGCCACCUCUCACUUCACUCUCUCCCCUCGUUUUCUCUCGCUUGCUCACCUCUUCUUCUUCCCCAGAAACACGAACUAGCAAAAAAAAAAAAAAAGAUGAGCAAAACUCUAGCUCUUUCGAUCGCCUCCAACCUUCUUUUUUCCCCUCUCAAAACCGACUUACAGUCUCUCAAAUCGAACAAAAAACCCAAAUGAAAAAAUGAAUCCCCAUCGCCUCCCUCUUUCUCUUAAGUACUGGUGGUGAUGAGGAAAAGGAAAAGAGAUUCAAGCGACGGCGACCAAGGAGGGCCGUCGACGGUUGAUGAUGAUGGGGAUGAAGGGAGGGAAAGGGAAACGACAGUGACAAGAGCCAAAGAGGGGGGAGGUUACUUCUCCGAUUUUGGUUUGCGGACUAACUUGGGAAAGGGAGGUUUGGCGGCAUGCCACGUCGGCGAACCGCGACAGGCCGACGACGGCAAGGUUCAGUGUACAAAAAAAACUCAGGCGAAAUCUCUCCAUAAUCUUAGCUGAUCAAAUGAUUUAGCUAAAAAAAAAGACAGAUUUUAUGCUAUUGAAAAUAUUUUGAGAACUAAACUGAGUUUGGCAAAAGCUAUUGCUUUUGCUAAACUGAUCAUUAAUACGUAUGUUGAGUUAUGUGUUGAGUUAUGGGUAAAAUGUUUGAUUGUAAUUUUGACCUGUUUUGAGAUGGUUUAAUUAUCAUUUCAACAUGAAAACAAAUUUAGAGUCUAUAUUAGAGGGGAGCCCUUAAAAUAACUGAGGUACUACAAAGUAACCUCCCUAUCUUAUACCAAUUGAUUGUAGUCUUUGUUAUUCCAGGGGUUUGUUGGACUAUUUUAUCGAAGAAAACCAAUCUGAGUUUCCCUUUUUUAGAAUAGUUUCUUUUAACAUGAUAUUGAAGCAUAUAAAAGGACAAAUACAGAUAUGUUUUGUUGAGGAAUUGAUUAUAAUCAUUAGUAUUAGAAUAAGCUUAUCGAGAUCAGUUAGGCAAAUAAAAUACUAGAAGUAAAGAGAGAUAAAGUAACAAUAGCAACAGAAACAGAAUUAUAGAUCCUUUUUGUUGUUAUGUUGGUGAUUAAAGAAGCAUAUUAAGUUUAAAGGUUUCCCAAAGAAGUAAACUUUUCCUUUUUUAGACGUAAAUGGUAUGGGGUGAUGAUGAUGAUGGUUAUUUUAAGGGGAAAGUGACAUGCCUUGGUCUGUGAUUGUACUUUGGGGAUGGUGGUGGCCUUCUUUGUUGGUUGUUUGCUUCCCCUUUUGGCCUCUCCUUGUUCUGGGCUUUCCUUGCUCCGGUCGCUUUCUACUACUUCACUUUCCUUGGAAUCUUGUAUGAGAACAGAAACAGAAAAGGGGAAAAGGAAGGUAGAAGUUGCUUUUUACUUUUUCUUACAUGAUUGCUGGGUUUUUCACUCGAGCUCUGUAAAUUCUUGGAUGAAGUUUGGGUGGAGAUGAAUGGUUGUUUUGGUGCUUUUCUCUACUGCCUUUGGGAUAAGGAUGGGAAUAUGUGGACUGGAAAUCUCCUCCCUCAUCUGUUGCCCAGGCUCUUGUAUUUAUAUUGACUAUUUACUGUAUCCUAGGGGGAGUUUGUUGCAAUCUGAUUGGCCCUAGGUUUAGACCCCCUCCCUACUUGAUUCUCAUUGGUGGAGAACUCUGGCUACAGUAACCAACUUGGUUCAUGGUCGAACCAGGGUUCGAGUCAAAUGGACGAACCGGUCCGGGUUGGAUACAGACCUGAUCGGGUCGAUCUGAUGACCGGCCCUUGACCAAUCUGAUGGGCCUGAUUGGGUUUGGGUUGGACUUUGAUACGGGCCUGACCCAUAUUAGACUUUUAAUUAACUUUAUUUAUUUAUUUUUAUUAUUUUUUUGUAUGCCUAUUUUCUAAACUUUUAGGGCCCAAAAUGAUGACCUGAGAAAACCAAAUCCAGAGAGGACGGUUCUCAAAAUCUGAUUGCACCCUAAAGUUUCAAACGAAAGAAAAGUUUUCAAAACAUUGGCCUCUGUUAGUUUCUCUUUAUCUUUCUAUUAUUGCAAUUAGUUAUGAUGUAAUCCUUAUGACGUUUGUGAUUAUGCAAUAUUGUAUGUUAAUUGCAAUUGUUGUAAUGGCUAUGUAUGUUUACCAUGAAUGUGAUUUAUUUAUUAAUAAGAUAAUACUAUUUCAUAUUUAGUUUGUCCUUUGUAAAGCGAUACUCCAAACUUGAUACUCCAAACGCGAAAGCCCAACGUCCAAAGACCACGAAACAAUCAAAGUAAUCUCGAACCACGAAGAUAACGAAAUAAGGCAAUUGCCUUACGAAUUUUAUCCCAACAAUCGGUCUAGAAUCAAAGGAGAUGAGAUUUCAGUUGUAAUAACCUCUAUUUAAAUUGGAAUCUUAAGACUUGCUAUUGCUAAUUCCAAAGAUCCAAAUUACAUGUUCUUAUAUCCUUAUGCUAAUUAUUUUGACAAUAUUUUAGUAGUUCAUCCAAGAUUAGCAAUUGCCUGUAUUAAAUGACUUAAAUUCUU